AUGAAAAAGGUCGGAGAUAAGACGGAGGAAGAAAUUAAAUUUACUACUAUGUACCCUUUAUUCAAUGCAGUCAUGGAUCCUUUAUUAGGAGAGAUUCAGUCACUUGGCUUGAAAGAUAUGAGGAAUGAGAAAGCAAAUUCUUUCGACAAAGCUCAUAUGGGGCACAAAGUUGAUAUGAAAGGCAUCCUGACAAAGAUAUCUAAUAAAUUUGAAGUCUUGUACAGAGAGGUCGCAAACGGGCUAUGUUUACUUGGAAUAUCACUUGUAUCACCAAAAAAGAAAUAUUUGAACAAAGUUAAACUUGCAGUAUUAAUGCAAGACUUGUUAAAUA